AACCUUCCUUUUUCUUUUGGAUACGGCUUCCUUGCGUCGAUCAUGGCACUUUUUCUGCGCUCCUUGGCGCUGAGCUUUGCUGCAGCGGCGGACAUUCCCACUGUGAAGUUGAAUAAUGGGGUCGAGAUGCCAGUGCUGGCCUUUGCCGCUGAGGUCUGGGACCCCACCACAUGCAAAACGGCCACGGCCAAAGCACUGGACGCAGGGUUUCGAUUCGUUUGGUCUUCAACCUUGGUCGGUGAUGAUUGUCAGAAGGCGCAGCAGGAAGCCAUCAAGGAGUCACAGCUUCAGCGAAAUGAGCUUUUCAUCGCAGGUACGGUGAAUGACCCCAAGUGCUCCGGUUUUGAAGACUGCUAUGCGCAAACAAAGGUUGGCGCCGAGAAACAGUUUACCCUUCUGGCUGAAAAGCAGUUGGAAAUGUUGAUGUUGGACUAUCCAGCAGAUGCCAACUGCGACAGCAUCCGCGGACAGUGGAGAGCCUUAGAGGAAGUCUAUGCUGCGAAGCGCGUUCGCAGCAUUGCGGUGAGCAACUUCAACCUACAGCAAUUGCAUUGUCUCAAAGCCACCAACAGCACGACUCCUGCGGUGAAUCAGAUGCGCUUUGCUGUGGGGCAUGGGAAAGACCCUGUGGUCCAAGAGGAUCACGACUUGGGAGUUGCGGUGCAGGCGUAUUCGCCCCUGGCAAAAGGCAAGCUGGCCAAGGAUCCUUUGUGUUCCAAAAUUGGUGAAGCCCACGGAAAGAGUGCCGUUCAGGUGGCCUUGAAAUGGAUUCUGCAGCUUGGUGUUGCGAUCGCCACGCAAUCCACCAGUUUGGAUCACUUGAAGAGCGACCUGCAGCUCUUUGACUUUGAGCUCAGCGAUGCUGAGAUGAAACAGCUCAACGACUACUCUCCGCAGAUCUCCACUUUGAUGGUGUAGGAGUGUAUAGAGUCUCGCCCCAGGACCAGGACCAGUGCCAUGGGAAGCAGCGAAAAAUGCUGAGUGUUGAAAGAC